GCGCGGACUGGCGCGGACUGGCACACACACCGACUCACCUUUCUUCGAGAGCAUUCGUGAGCGACUCCACGCCGCGCCGCCGACAGCCCGACGAUGACGGCGCUGGCCCCCCUACGCUCUGACGGCGUUGCGUUCCUCGCCGCAUCGGCGACGAUGGCGGUGCUAGUCGAGGGCCUCAAGGUUCUCGCAAAGGCUGGCGUCUACCCCACCACCUUCACGCGGAAACUGCUGCACAUGGCGGCCGGGCCCGUUUUCAUCCUGACCUGGCCAUGGUUUGGUAAGCAGCCCUCGAGCGCUGUGUGGGCGGCCGCCGUGCCCGCGUGCAUGACCGCCAAGUUCGCGCUGGUUGGCGCCGGCCUCAUCCAGCAGGACGCUGACGUGAAGCUGAUGAGCCGUACAGGAGACCGGCGUGAGCUGCUGCGCGGGCCACUCCUGUACGGCGCCGUCUUUUGCGCCGCGACGGUCCUCGGCUUCCGCAGCGCCACCGCGGGCGGCGCGCUCAUGGCCCUCUGCGCCGGCGACGGGAUGGCGGAUGUGAUUGGCCGCCGAUUCGGCCGCCGCCACAAGCUUCCGUGGUCGCCGCAAAAGUCGUGGGCGGGCUCCGCCGCCUUCACCGCCUCGGCCUUCGCCGGCUCGAUGGGCGCGGUGAGCCUCUUCCACCACUGGGGCUGGUCCAGCAGCGCUGCCGCGGACCUCGCCCUCCCGCUCCUCGCAGCGAGCGUCGCCGCCGCAGCCGCAGAGAGCCUGCCGGUGCCAGAGAUCGACAACGUGGUCGCACCGCUGUGCUUCGCCCUUGCCAUGCGUGCCCUUGCGCCGCCCUAGUAUAGCGGGCUCGCGGAGUGCAGUGAGAAUGAAGAAAGGAGUGUUUAGUAGGAGUUACCGCAUAGCUGGG